AACUCAGAUGCGAUUCAUUCAUCUUUUUCGCAUACAUUCAAAAUCCAGUCAGUCAUUAUUCACAUAUAUCAUUGCUCUUACUCUUACUAUUUGAACCAUACCUACAGCCGUUUCUCCUACCGCGACUUCUACAACAGCCAUUUCAACCAUGAAUCUAGAGUUGAGGUAUUCCAACUUAGCCACCCCCUCUUAAUAUCAAUCUAUUCCUUCUCCUCAUCAUACAAUUCCUAGUAUUUCGAGUUAUACUUGCUGCACUACGACCAGACAGCUACUUCCCCAAUACCAAAUUCUUAAUAACGACUAAUAAAUACCUGCCAUCAUGGGCGGCUCCGCAUUCUCAUCUGGAAGCAAUCCGCUUUUCACUCCACGGAUGUCUCCCAGAGUAUACCAACAUGUUCUCAGUACAUGCCAUGCCAAGCUUCGAGAGCUCUUCAUCGUAGUCGCCACUCCCAUUGAAGGCCCUGCAAAGAAGGACCACGGCGAUAUCGAUAUACUCGUAGCAUUGGAAAAAAUUGCUGCAUUUCCGUCUUCUGGGGCUUGCAGCACCUCACUCUCGCCGCCGACUGAGGAUCCCCUCAAGGUUGCUGCUUUCCUUCUUGGCGCCGAACGUUCUAUCAGAGAACAACCGAAUGCUAUUAACUUAGCUAUCCCGUGGCCGAAUGACUUACCUCAGGAGGGAACGAGUAGCGAUGUGCCUCGCUAUAUCCAAGUCGACCUCCAUCUAUGCAACUCCGUAGAGCACCUGCAAUGGAUGUUACUCAAACAGGCCCAUGGUGACCUUUGGAAUAUACUCGGAAGCACCAUCCGCCCGUAUGGCCUCACAGUUGACGAGGUCGGCUUAUACAUACGCAUUCCCGAAAUCGAAAAUUUAAACAAAAAGCAAUCUAAAGUCCUCCUUAGUAGUGAUCCUACGGAGAUUCUUAGUUUUCUAGGCCUCAAGUACGAUAGUACCCAAUGGGAGCGGCCGUUUGCGUCGGUCGAGGAGCUUAUGGAGUAUGCGGCCACGUGUCGAUUGUUCUGGGUGCGGCCCGAGCAAGAUGAUAGCGCGACAGAAGCCGACGGGGGUGACUUUGACAGGAGCAAGUUGAAGGCUAAUGACCGCCGCCGUAUGAAAGGGCGUGCGGCUUUUCGAAAGUGGUACGAUGAGUUCAUUCCCGCAUGUCGCGAAGCAGGACGCUUUACCACGCCCAUUUCAACCCGGGACACAGUACGUGAGGAUGCCUUCGAGCAGUUCCCCGGCACGCGACAAGUCUACGCAAACCGACUCCUCGAGUGGCGCAAAGAGCAGCAGCGACAUACGCUUUGGCGGGGAGUUAUCAAGGCGUCCAUACCGGAGUGGCAAGAAGGUGAAGAAGAACAUAACAAAAGACACCUGCGUAGCUUGGCGGCUAGCUCUCUAAAGAAAAUAGUCAUGCAGGAUGACUACAGUCUAGGUGUACGUCCGCCAUCGACGCUGCGCGACCCUGAUGGGUUUUACAACGAGGAUAAAGUUAGGGAAUUCGUCGUAGAUAAUUGGAGACGAGUUGGCGAAGCUGCUUGGGAGGAAAGCCAGAAAAAGUAUGCUAAGCGACUUGCAGAACAGGGAGAUAAGCGCACGUCUUAAGAGGCCUAGAAGAGUACCUAGAUAAAGUACCGUGGCGAAGAAGAAGAAGGUUGUUGAAAAGUGAAACAGAUUAGAGACCAACUUAUGGUCGGACGAAGUAUGUGCUACUCAAGGCUGACACAAACAUCUCACAAUGGUGUGGGGAGGUAACUUAGGUAGCUAUAGAAAGAUGUAGGUAUCUAGACGAGUGCGUAAAUGUUCAGGGGAUAAAGGAUGCGCCGCAUUGAAUAGGUCUCUAGCAUAGGUAUUAAAGACUCACAACCAUAAAUAUCAGAAAAGCCUUGGAAAGUGCUCGCGAUGCGAAACAACUCAACCAGGUAGAUAUAGCAUAUAGCAU